CACAAACGUCAGAGAAGACAAGAUGGCGGCCGUGCUGAAGGCGGAAGAUGCAGUGGAUCAGGUCGUGUGGAGUUUUUGGGGCGAGAGCUUCAGUCACUGAAACAUGAACGUCAACAUGAGCCACAGGAAGGACAUGGUCUGUCCUGACAGCGAAAAUAAAAAUCAGAGAAAAGUUUUUGUGCCGAACAAACUCCUGGAGUGUCUCCCCCGCUCGGCCUGUCUGCCCCCGGAGCGCCUGCGCUGGAACACCAACGAGGAGAUCGCUUCGUUCCUCAUUUCCUUCGAUCGUCAUGAUGAGUGGCUCUGCUGUUCCCUCAAAACCAGGCCCAAAAACGGAAGCAUCAUCCUGUACAACAGAAAGAAAGUCAAAUAUCGAAAAGACGGAUACUCCUGGAAGAAACGGAAAGACGGAAAAACCACGAGAGAAGAUCACAUGAAGCUGAAGGUCCAGGGGAUGGAGUGUCUUUACGGGUGUUACGUUCAUUCCUCCAUCAUCCCCACAUUCCACAGACGCUGCUACUGGCUCCUGCAGAACCCGGACAUUGUUCUGGUGCACUACCUGAACGUUCCGUGUGCUGAGGAUUCUGGGAAGUGUAGUCCUCUGUUGUGUGUGAGUGAACGACACAACAACACACGCUGGAGCCGCGAAGACCUGCUGAGCCAACUCAAACCCAUGUUCCACAGUCUGAAGUGCUCUGUGGGGUCUGGAGAUUCGUCCAUUGAAGAUCUGGUGCAGCACAUCCUGGACAAACAGAGGAGCAGACCACAACCCCGAACACACGCCUGUCUGUGCUCCCCCCACGGUUCUUCUGGAGUGAACAUUCCUCAUCGUUGUAACACCAAACACCGGAUCAUCUCCCCCAAAGUCGACAAGAUGGACGCCAAACCUCCUCCAAUCAAAACGCUCAGCCCCGCCCCCUCGCCGUGCCCGCCCGCCAGCUCGUCCUCUCCUCCGCCGGCGCACACCGCCGCCAUCGCUGUCAGUAACUACACCGAUCGCCACGGUAACCUGACCGCCGUGGCCCUGCCGCAGAACGCCCUGAUCGUGAUGGCGGCCACGCCCCCGUCCGCCGCCGCCGCUCCUCACUCCGCCAACGCCGCGCUCAGCCACAACAACAACAACAACAACAAGAAGCCGCUGGUGGUCGCCACGGAGACUGUGGCCCUGCUCCUGACCCCGCCCCCUCAGACCACACCCCCUCCGCCGCACAGGGCCACGCCCCCUCCUCCUCAGGCCACGCCCCCCGGCUUCGAUCCCGACGCCUUCUUAAACUCGCCCAAACAGGGCCAGACGUACGGCCGCUCCGUGUCCAAUCAGAACGCGGCGCUGGCCCCCAGCCCCGCCUCCUCGCUCUCCUCCCUCAGCUCCACAGACUCCGCCCCCCUCGUCACAGACUCCGCCCCCCUCGCCACGCCGCUCUCUCUCGACCUGGACAACGAGGAGACGCCCAAAACGAGACGAGACGACGAGUCCAAAGACGAGAACGCCACCGGACCGCCCACCAAGGUCGCUCUGAUCCAGUCCAACAGCGGCUCUCCUCCCCGACGACAGAGCAGCGCCCCGCUCCUAUUGGUCUGUCACGACUCCCCACCGACCAAUCACACGCAGAGACACAACGACCUGGUGACGCUCAGCCCCCAGAGUCAGACCAGCCCAGUCCAGGUGAAGCAGGAGAGUGGUCGUCGUGGUUCGGAUGUGGUCUCCGUGGAAACGCCUCCUCAGCGCUCCGUCUCCAUGGAUACGGACGCAGUGGAGGAGGCGGGGCUUGAGCUCUCCUUCGACUCGCCGUUCCCCGACCUCAUCUCUGACCUCAUCGGCGAAGAGGCCAAUCCGGCGCCUCCGCUGGCCUCGCUGACGCCCGCUCUGACGCCCUCGUUAACGCCCUCGUUAACGCCCUCGUUAACGCCCUCGUUAACGCCCUCGUUACCGCAGUUUCCCGCCGGCGUGCGCUACAUGGUCCCGCCCACUCCGACGCCGUCAUCGUCCUUCCUGCCCUUCCCAAACCCCGGCCCCUCGCCGCGAACCGCCGCCAUCACCGACUUCAGCCCCGAGUGGUCCUACCCCGAGGGUGGGGUAAAAGUUCUCAUCACGGGUUCGUGGAGUGAAUCUUCUGGACGUUAUUCUUGUGUCUUUGACCAGAGUUUGGUUCCUGCGUCUCUGAUUCAACCUGGAGUCCUGCGCUGCUACUGCCCCGCGCACGAGGCCGGGCUGGUCUGUCUGCAGGUUCUGGAGGCCGGAGGUUCUGCCUCGUCCUCGGUUCUGUUCGAGUACAGAGCCCGAAACGCCAACUCCCUCCCCAGCGCCCAACUGGACUGGCUCUCCCUGGACGAUAAUCAGUUCCGGAUGUCGAUCCUGGAGCGUCUGGAGCAGAUGGAGCGCAGGAUGGCACAGAUGUCCUCCAGAGAAACACAGUACCACCAACAGCACCCGGGCACACAGGGCACACAGCUGCCCCUGCCCCCGAGUCUGCCCCCGAGUCUGCCCCCGAGUCUGCCCCCGAGUCUGCCCCCGAGUCUGCCCGCCUCUGUGCCCGGGCAGACGCAGCAGUGGUUUGAGCAGCGCAUCGUGGGGUUGUGCGAGCGCAUGAUGAAGAGCGCCUGCUGGACGUCGACUCGUGUGACCGCGGCCGACGGGGGCGGAGUUUUAGACCCCAGGGGCGGGGCUUCGGUCGAAGGGGGCGGGGACAGGCUCCACCGGGCGCCGUGUCACAGAGGAAUGACCCUGCUGCAUUUGGCGGCUGCCCAGGGAUACACCCACCUCAUCCACACCCUCAUCCACUGGAGGACGCUGCACAGAAACAGUUUGGACCUGGAACAAGAAGUGGAUCCUCUGAACGUGGAUCACUUCUCCUGCACCCCCCUGAUGUGGGCGUGUGCGUUGGGGCAUCAGGCGUCUGCAGAGUUGUUGUAUUCUUGGAGCAGUUCUGCGUUGGGGAUCCCAGACUCUCUGGGACGGCUCCCUCUGGCUGUGGCUCGCUCCAGGGGCCACACCAGGCUCGCUACGGCUCUGGAGAGGAUGCACACCUCAGGGGGGGUCCACGCCUCAGGAGGGGUCCACGCCUCAGGAGGGGUCCACGCCUCAGGGGGGGUCCACGCCUCAGGGGGGGUCCACGCCUCAGGAGGGGUCCACGCCUCAGGAGGGGGGUCACGCCUCAGGAGGGGGUUCACGCCUCAGGGGGGGUCCACGCCUCAGGAGGGGGGGUUCACGCCUCAGGAGGGGGGGUUCACGCCUCAGGAGGGGGUCCACGCCUCAGGAGGGGUUCACGCCUCAGGGGGGGUCCACGGGGGGGGUCACGCCUCAGGAGGGGGGGUUCACGCCUCAGGGGGGGUCAGGGGGGACAGACCUGAGGAGGAGACCACAGCCACAGAGGAGCAAACCACCAGAAAGAGAAGCUCCAACACACAACAGAGCGGACAAGAAAAACAACUGAAGGCAGAAGAAGAGACGACGGAAAGGAGGAGGGAAGAGGAAGAGGAAGAGGAGGAAGAGGAGGAGGAGGAGAGGAGAGAAGAGGAGGGGAGGGAGAGGAGGAGAGAAGGGGAGGAGGAGGAAGAGCAGGAGGAAGAGGAGAGCAGCAUCAGUGUGGACCUGGAGGAACCUCACCUGACUCUCCCAGACCUGCUGAGACCAGAACCCAGAGACCUGUCCCUGUCCCUGGACUCCCCCCAGGCCCUGUCGCCCCUGUCCACCAGCCCCGACACAGGCCUGAGCUCGUCGAGCCGCCUCAGCUCGUCCAGCAGUUUGCCCUCGCCCUUUGACCCCGCCUCCUCUCCCUCCCUGAGCUCCGCCUACUCCAGCGUGGGCCCCGCUCCCAUGGACACUUCGCCGCCGGAGUCCCCGUCCAAUUCGCCGGGGCUGCUGUGGGGGGUGGAGUCUCACCUCAUGGACUUUGAGAACUCGCCGCCGCCUCACGUGCACGCUCCCGGUCGCCGUGCGCUGUCCCCUCACGUGCACGCUCCCGGCCGCCGUGCGCACUCGUCUCUGGAGCAGCUCCUGAGUCUGAGCGAAAACAACGAGAACGAAGAACUGCUGGAGGACGACGAGCUGCAGGUGGACGUGGCGGCGCUGGCGGAGCAGAUCAUCGAGGCGACUCCUGAGCGAAUCAAACGUGAGGAUUUCCCCCGGGGGGCGGAGUCAGCGCUCAGAGAGAGGCGGGACAAUCCGGACCUACAAGACACCUGGCUCGCAGCCUACCUGGAGACCAUGGACCCGCCCAGGCGCCUGUGCCCGCCCUCGCCGCUCUCCGCCCUGGCGCUGCACCGCCUGCGCCCACCCUCGUCCGCCGCGUGGGCGGAGUUUCUGAACGCCUCGGCCAAUGGGAAGAUAGAACGAGACUUCGCUCUGUUAACGCUCACGGACGGAGAACAGAGAGAACUGUACGAGGCGGCCAGGAUCAUCCAGACCGCCUUCAGGAGAUACAAGGGGCGUCGGCUGAAGGAGCAGCAGGACAUGGCAGCUGCAGUGAUCCAGAGGUGUUACCGCAAAUACAAACAGUACGCGCUCUAUAAGAAGAUGACUCAGGCUGCGAUCCUGAUCCAGUCCAAGUUCCGUUCGUAUUAUGAACAGAAGCGUUUCCAGCAGAGUCGCCGCGCCGCCGUCCUCAUCCAGCAGUACUACAGGAGCUACAAGGAGUACGAGAGGAAGCAGCGGGCCGCCAGCGCCAGGGGUUCGUUUCUGACGAAGAAGCAGGACCAAGCGGCUCGAAAGAUCAUGAGGUUCCUGCGACGCUGCAGACACAGGAUUAAGGAGUUGAAGCAGAGUCGGGAGUUGGAGCGUCGAGGACUCACCACUUAAACACUUCACCUGAAAAUCACUUUAAAAACGCCCAGACCCCCGACCUCUGACCCUGAACCACCACCUCUGACCUCUGACCCUGAACCCUGACCCUGAACCCUGAAGGGUACUACAACAGUACUACAGUAGUACUACAGUAGUACUGCAGUAGUACUUUAUCAGUCCCACCACAGCCCUGCUGACACAACACCACUCAGAGAAUCAAACAGGUCCAGACCUGGUCCAGACCCGGUCCAGUCCCGGUCCAGUCCCGGUCCAGUCCCGGUCCAGUCCCGGUCCAGUCCUGGUCCAGACCCGGUCCAGACCCGGUCCAGUCCUGGUCUCUGGUUCUGGACUCGACUCUGUAUUUUGAAUCAGAGACUUGAUUUGGACUGGACCAGGUGUUGCCGCAGUCGCCCCGGGGCAGAGUGCAGAGUGGAGGUGUGUUGCUUCGGGGCACGUGGGCAGGUGUUUGUGGUUCAGGUGUUUGUGGGCGGGGCCUGGGCCGUGUGUUUAUUUGUUUAUUUAUUUAUUCUUCAAAGGCAUGAGCCGGUCAUGUGACUCUGUGCGACCGUGUGAUUGGACGCUGCCAGUCUUAACGCCCAAUGAGCUUCAUGUUCGUACUUUGGCCUGAACCAAUCGGCUUUCAGGCUUUGCACCAUGUGAUUGAGACGGCCCGAGGUCACAUGACUCCACCUGGAUUCUGAUUGGUCCAUUUUAAUCAUGUGACUCUGUUUUUACUGUAACGAGCAUGAGAUGAAAAUCAGCGCCUCCUUCACUCUUCCUCUUCAUCUCACUCCUCCUUCACUCCUCCUCCUGUCCUCCCUCCUUCACUCCUCCUCUCACUCUCCUCCUUUUACUCCUCCUCCACUCCUUCUACUCUUCUCUUCUUCACUCCAACUCUCCUCCCUCUUACUCUUCUCUCACUCCUCCUUUUCUCCUUCACUCCUCCUCUCCUCCUUUUCUUCCUCCUUCACUCCUCCUCCUCCUGUCCUCUUUCACUCCUCUCUUCUCUCUCACACUCCUCCGCUCCUCCUUUCUCUCCUCCCUCACUCCUCUCUCUCUUCCUCACUGCUCCUCUUCUCUCUCUUCUUCUCUGUUCUGUCGUUCAUUUGCGGUGAGGCUUUUGCAUGACUUUAUAUUCAAACAUUUAAAGAAAUAAAUGUCUAAAUUAAUAAAAGAUGUUGUUUGCUACGA